AUGUGGGGACUUAGAAAUGUUGGAGAGAUUGUCAACGUUCAAGAAGUUUAUGAUGGUUACCCCAACAUAUUCUCUAUUGAACUUCAUCACGGAGGGAGUUUCACAAAGUUUCCAAAUAUCAGGUAUAUUAAUGGCCAAGUAAGGUACUUUGAUGUUGUCGACAUUGAUGAAUUUUCUGUUCAUGAACUAGACUUGAUGAUGAGAGAAUUAGGGUAUGAUGGUACUGAAAUCAUGUAUUACCAUUUCCGUUUGCCUAAUGAAGGAUUUGACUUUGGACUCCGAGCAUUAGGUAACGAUGAUGAUGUGCAUAAUCUCUCACGAUAUGUUACCCAUAAUAACAAAAUGAUUAAAGUGUACACAGAGCAUGGUCAAACGAACUUGCUUACAUAUUUUAUGUCCCUAACUGGUCCAAAAAGGGUUAUAAUAGAAGACAUGGAGAAGCAGGAUUGCAUUAGACCCUCAUCACCUGUAGUUGCUCAUGAAGUGGUAACUCCAAUCCAAAUUGAUGUUGGUGAGGGUGAUUUAGGGUUAGCAUUAACCUUAUACAAAUCAGCAACACCUGAAUUUAGUAGGUCUAAAGGUUGGAAACAUAGUAAAGGGGCAUCGUCUUGUAGUAGAAUGCUUAAAUUGGAUUGGGAAGGUGCUGAAAAAACAAUGGCAAGUGGUGAAGUUGAUAAGGGUAAGGGUGUAGAAGGAUUUGUAGAUGAAUUUGUUGUAGUUGAUGCAGAAAAAGAGUUAAACAAAGAGAUUGAUGUGAAUGAAGAACUUGAUGUGAACAAAUCCAAUGGUGAGGGUGUAGAAGGAUUUGCAGAUGAGGGGUAUAGAGUUGUCAUGGAUAAUGAUCCUCAAGGAGUCAAUGAAUUUUCAACUAACAUCAACAUAGAUGAUGAGUUAAUGACAAACUUUCAACCUUUUGAAGGGUUUGAAGACGAAGAUAGCAUCCCAUUUAAUGGGUUUGAAGGCCAAGAUAAUAUUCCUUUCAAUGAUGAGUGCAGACAAGAGGAGCCUGAUGACAUUGAGUUUGAGAAUCAAAACAGUGAAGAUGAAGAUAGUGACUUUAUGAUUGAUGAGGACAACAUAAUUGAAGAUGUUGACGUUGACAUGGAGGAUUUCAAUCUAAAUAUUGAUAUAGAAGCAGAGUUCAAUGGAUGUCAAAGAAUGGGUGGUCAAAGAAAUGAAGAUAGUGUUGAAGAAGAUGAUUUGGAGGUAAUUGACAAUGACGAGUGGGAUUCACUAAGUGAUGACUCAGGGGACAACAGGAAAAGAAGAGAAAUGAUCAAAGAGCUGGGGAAACAAACCUUAUGUUCUGCUGGAGAGGUGCACAAGGUAGCUUUUCAUAUUGGGCAGAAAUAUAAAGCCAAGAAAGAAUUGAAAGAUAAAAUUGACCUGCAUGCUUUAGAGACAAGGAGGAAUAUCUCAUUCACAAAAAACGACAAGAGUAGAUUAACAGUUGUUUGUGAUGGAACUGUAGUUUUAAAUGCAAGUGGGGUAGGUGGACCUACCUCUGGGAAAAAGGUAAAGGGUAAAGAUGUAAACUCAGAUAAAGUUAAAUGCACAUGGAAACUUCAUGCAUCUAGGUCAAGUGAACAGGACUAUUGGUCAAGUGAAUAG